AUGAAGAAAGAUGGCCAUGAUGUCGCCUCUUUGUUAGUGUUUUUGGACAAGCACUUGCCUGAUGUUUGCGAUCAAUUCGGAAUUGUUGAUUUUCUUAUGGACAAGAUACCAGACGUUGUGGGAUCAGAGGCUAAUCAGGUAAUUGAAAAUUACAUCUUUCAAAAUGGUGAAUUUAUGUUAGGAGAACAAACUCCAAAGAACUGCGUUACGAUCAUCUAUGAACACCAGAAGAAAAUAUACUCCUACGGAGUUUUGAUGACUACAAGCUCUUUGAAGAACGACAAAAAAACUAUUUCAUUCAAAGAUGAAGAUUUUGUAAGACCUCCCCCGAAACCACACGAAUUGUUUAACAUGGCUUCUGAGCUAUUGCAUACAUUUGACUCGUGCAAUAUAUCCCUCAUUGAAAUUACAAGACCAAGAACUGUCUUUAUCUUGGCCUCAGUGUUUAAAAAGAUAGGGCCACAAAUGGAUUUAAUUAGAGGAGCGAGAGCUUUUGAAAUAUUUAAACUAGAUAUGGGAAUACCAUGGAAGAAUUAUGCAACGAAAGUGGAUAAAAUGGAUGUUGAUGAUGAUAUCAAAAAAUUCUUUAAAAAGUUUGUCGAAUUAGCAUCAGACAAGAGAAAAAAAGUAUGGUUUGAAGAAAUGGUCAAUCAUAUAUUUCCAAAAGAGCAAGAAAAUGAUGAUGACGAUGAGGAGGAAGAGGAGGAUAACCAACCGAGCUAUUUUUCCAUGCCAUCUGAAAUUGUUAACAAAAAGAGACCAUUUCAAUCUGACUCGACCCAACAAACCAAGAAACAGAAAUAA